AUGAACAGAAGUAUGUUAGCUGCAGUACUACUCUGCCUCAUUGCAGAUAUCUUAGCAAAUCCCGUCAGGAGGUCGCCAGAUCUCGAAGCACGACGCAGAAGUGCCAUUGACCGGAGUAUGAUAAGAUUCGGAAGAUCGUUCCCACCAGAACCUUCAGCGGCGGACAUCCGGGACGCUUUUCAACGCCCAACACGUAGAGGAAACAGCUUUCUACGCUUUGGUAGAUCUCAGCCAAUGAGCUUUACCACUGAUGAUCUCAUAUCCUUGCUUCGAACUUACGAAGACGAAUAUGAUGGUCCUGUAACAAAACGUGUUUCUAAUUUUGUAAGAUUCGGGCGUGACCCUAAGUUUAUCAGACUUGGAAGAUCUACUGAUGAUGAAAAACCUGGAUUUGAACAAAGCUCUGAAUUGGUUCUUAGUGGAUACCCUCAAAGGAAAAAUAGGGCCAGGGACCAUUUUAUAAGACUCGGUAGAGACAGUGAAGAACUGAGGGAGAAUGAUGUAGAAGAUGUUGCAGAAAGGAAGAAAAGAUCGACGACAUGCCACGACUGUGAAGUG